AUGAGUUUGGCUAAAUUAAAGCCUCUAACUUUAGCUGCAAAAUCCACUUUGAAUCACAAACCCAUGUCCAAACCAACCAUAAAUUUGUCAAUUUUAGAGACCCAUUUGCCCAAAUGCCAAAAUCUCAAGCAAUUCAAUCCCAUACUCUCUCAGAUGAUCCUCACUGGCUUCAUCAGGGACACAUAUGCUGCAAGUAGAAUUCUCAAGUUCUCCAGCGACUCUUCCUUCAUUCACAUUGAUUUGUCCCUGAGAAUUUUCAAUCUGAUUGAGGACGCAAAUGGGUUCAUUUGGAACACUAUGAUGAGAGCUUAUAUACAAAGAAACUGCCCUCAAAAGGCUUUAAAUUUAUACAAACUGAUGGUGGAUAAGAAUGCGGAUCCUGAUAAUUACACUUACCCACUUUUGGUUCAAGCGUGCGCCAUCCUGGUAUCAGAGUUUGAAGGAAGACAGAUACAUAAUCACAUUUUGAAGACGGGUUUUGAUUCAGAUGUUUAUGUUCAGAACACAUUGAUCAAUAUGUAUGCUGUUUGUGAGAAUAUGAGUGAUGCCCGGAACUUGUUUGAUGAAAUUCCUGUUUUAAAUCCAGUGUCUUGGAAUUCGAUUUUGGCAGGGUAUGUUAGGGCUGGGGAUGCGGAGAAGGCAAAGCUUAUAUAUGAUCGGAUGCCUGAGAGGAACACAAUUGCUUCGAAUUCUAUGAUUGUGCUGUUUGGUAGGACAGGUUGUGUAACUGAGGCUUGUCGAUUGUUUAAUGAACUGCCCGAAAAAGAUAUGGUUUCCUGGAGCGCAUUGAUUUCUUGUUAUGAGCAAAAUGAGAUGUAUGAGGAGGCUUUAGCUCUGUUUCUGAGAAUGGUUGCUAAUGGAGUUAUGGUGGAUGAGGUUGUGGUGGUCACUGUUCUUUCUGCAUGUGCACGCUUAUCAAUUGUCCAGACAGGGAAAUUGAUCCAUGGGCUAGUUGUGAAAAUUGGAAUUGAAGCUUAUGUUAAUCUUCAAAAUGCCAUUAUUCACAUGUAUUCAAGUUGUGGGGAAAUUAUGGCUGCCCAAAAACUGUUCAAUGCAGCCUACCACUUGGAUCAGAUAUCCUGGAACUCGAUGAUAUCAGGGUACUUGAAAUGUGGUUUAGUUGAAAAGGCUUGGACAUUAUUUGAUUCCAUGCCCGAGAAGGAUAUCGUGUCGUGGAGUGCAAUGAUAUCAGGUUAUGCUCAACAUGACCGCUUCUCAGAAACUUUGGCAUUGUUUCAGGAGAUGCAGCUUCUUGGAAUCAGGCCUGAUGAGACCACUUUGGUGAGUGUUGUCUCAGCUUGCACUCAUUUGGCGGCCCUUGAUCUCGGCCAAUGGAUUCAUGCUUAUAUAAGGAAAAAUGGCCUUAAGAUUAAUGUAUUUUUGGGAACAACCCUUAUAAACAUGUACAUGAAAUGUGGGUGUGUGGAAAACGCAUUGGAGGUUUUCCAGGGGACUGCAGAAAAGGGAGUUUCUACUUGGAAUGCUCUUAUUCUUGGGUUGGCAAUCAACGGGUUGGUGGAGAAGUCACUUGAAAUGUUUUCAGAGAUGAAAAAAUGUGGCGUGGCACCUAAUGAGAUAACCUUUAUUGGAGUUCUCGGGGCUUGUCAACACAUGGGCUUAGUCGAUGAAGGGCGCCGCCAUUUUGAUUCCAUUGUCCAGGAACACAAGAUAGAACCCAACGUUAAGCAUUACGGUUGCAUGGUUGAUCUUCUGGGGCGUGCUGGUAUGCUCAAGGAAGCAGAGGAACUCAUUGAGAGUAUGCCAAUGACACCAGAUGUUGCUACUUGGGGUGCCCUACUAGGGGCCUGUAAGAAACACGGGGACCAUGAUAUGGGAGAGAGGAUAGGAAGAAAGCUCAUUGAGCUUGAUCCUGACCAUGAUGGGUUCCACGUAUUGUUGUCGAAUAUAUACGCUUCAAAAGGUAACUGGGAUGAUGUUCAUGAGAUUAGGGAAAUAAUGGUGCAACAUGGGGUGGUAAAGAUGCCAGGUUGUAGCAUGAUUGAAGCAAAUGGAAUAGUUCAUGAGUUUUUAGCAGGAGAUAACAAACACCCUCAAAUAGAGGAGAUUGAGAAGAAGCUAGAUGAAAUGGCUAAGAAACUGAAGAUGGAAGGUUAUGCACCAGAUACGAAUGAGGUUUCAUUUGACAUUGAUGAAGAAGAGAAGGAAACUGCUCUUUUCAGACAUAGUGAGAAACUCGCCAUUGCCUUUGGGCUUAUCUGUACAAGUCCGCCAACACCAAUAAGAAUAAUAAAGAAUUUGCGAAUAUGCAAUGAUUGUCACAUGGCAGCAAAGUUCAUCUCGAAAGCUUUCAGUCGAGACAUUGUGCUGAGGGAUCGGCACCGGUUUCACCACUUUAAGCAAGGAUCUUGUUCUUGCAAGGAUUAUUGGUAGCAGACUAGUAUCACAUAACUAAGUUGGUAAGAACAUUAUCCACCUUGUUAAUGUUGGUUUAUUGCUUUAGAACUUCUCCGGUUCUACCAAGAACUGGAAAGGCAGGGUGUGGCACCAACAUGAUGCUUUUGCAAUCAAGCUACGUGCGCUGACAACUCCAAAUAGAUCAUGGGGUUGAAGAUCAAUGCAGUUACUACCUCUGCAAGGUGAAGGAAGGCAGUGAAGUUUAUUAUGUUGGAUAGAAGGAUGAAUUCAGAGUUCGAGAAACCAGUGGUGGACAUCUAAUGGAAUGAUUUGAACUGUACAAAAAGUCUCAUGUUUCUCUCUUUUUCAUGGUCACGGGUUCUAAAUCUGAAGACACUCUCUGUAAUAGCAUCCCACCAUAUAAUGAUGUGAGCAACAAUUACAAUAAGAAACUUGUGAGCAUUGCUUUUAAGGAAUGUCUUACUCCAGUGAGCUUGGAUGCUGUUUUG